UUGAAUAGUGAAUAUUGCAUUGCAUUUGUGCAAUCAAGCUGUACCACCAAUUUAUUAUUACCACUAUUGUGUCAGAUCUAUAAAUUAUUUAAUGUGUUUUUUCUGUUCAGUUACAAGAGCCAUGCAGUGGGUGGUAGCGAUACUUCUGCUAUUGGGUUUACUGGAAAAUUUACCAGCUAGAAGUCAGCACACCGACGACAAAGCAUGUGAUGGCCGGGGAUCAUUUGAAGAAUUUCCAUGGACUGCUCAAUUGUUAUACGAUGAGGAUAAAUCAAUCAAAUGUACCGGGUCUUUGAUAAAUUCACGUUACAUACUUACGGUGGCGCACUGCUUGAAAACUAGAGGUACGAAACUAACGGGAGUUCGUCUUGGGCAUACAAACCACGCGCGAUAUGGAACUGUUCAAGAGUUUAGUGCCGAAAGAGUAAUUCCGCAUCCUAAAUUCAUUAGGUUCUCCGCUGCUAAUGACAUCGGUCUAAUACGCCUUUCCAAACCAGCACAAUACUCAAGGCACAUAAGUCCCAUAUAUCUACCGUUAUCGAAAAACGCACCACUGGCAGAUGGAGCACAAGUCGCUAGUUCCGGCUGGGGAGUCCUAGGUUAUGGCGAGGUCCAAACGGAAGUUAAAAAGAAAAUAUUAUCAACGCUAGUCUCUAACGAGAUAUGUAAAAAGCUAUACACAAACUCGACCAAACCGGUCACCUCAAAUCAUUUAUGCGCAACGGAGGGUGAUACUCACGCGUGCCUUGGAGAUAGUGGCGCUCCUCUGAUGUACCGGAGAGAUAACCGAUGGGAACAGAUUGGGGUGCUUUCGUUUGGCCUGUGGUGUGGGUCGGAGUAUCCCACUGUUUACACAAACGUUGCAAAGUAUUUAGAUUGGAUUAAACAAAAUUCAGGUCUGAAUAAAAAAAAAUGAAACAGUUUUACAAUCUUCUAAGCACUUUUGCAGGAACUUUUUGUAUUGUACACG